CACGUCGCCUUCAUGAUCAACGAGCGCGCCUGGCUGAAGCGUCUUCUUGCAGCCGAGGCAUGAUAGACAGGGUCGAUGGUACGGUCUUGAGGCUGGUCCGAGGACCUGUUCGGCAAAGUAGACUCGCUUGCCACAUCGCGCGCACUCUGGCGCAUUAGACACGAACUGUCGCGGUGCAGAUCGAUACGCAGACGGGCUGGACGUCGCUGCCAUUGCCGAUCCGGGCCUCGUCGUCGAUCAGCGCCCAGCACUUUCUCGCUGGCCCUGACGCGAUUUUUCUGCUUAUCGGCUGGCUCCUGUCGGGUCGCUGUCGAUAGCAGUGACAUGUCGUGGCCAAAGGUGUACGCAGGCGCAUCUGUCCUGCUCGCGUGCUCGGCAGGAUCCAGCGAGACGAGCGAGCCAAGGAACAAGCGCAGGCGGACGGUGCUCGUCAUCGGCUCUGGACGAUUGGCGGCAAUUCGAUCUUUCGCCUUUCUCGAAGCAGGCUACUCCGUCCUGCUUGCUUGUGAUGCUGCCCAGAGCCUCGAUGCAGAGCUGUCACACCGUAUAGCCUGCAACGAAGUGGCGGCGCUGUCACUGAACGCGCACGAUGACUUUGACGGCUGGCUAGACGGCAAUCUGUCUCAAUCGCAGUACCAAGAUCUGGCAAUGGUCAUCGUCACGGACACGCUCUACGCUCGAGCAUCAUCCAUGAGGUCACUUGAUUCUGCUCGGUCGAUGAGAGAGGCCUGCUACGAGAGACGGAUCCCCGUCAAUAUUGCAGAUCAACCGAGCUUAUCAGACUUUGCUUUCCCUGCCAGCCAUCGAUGGGGAGACGACUCCCCCCUCCAGAUGGCACUCACCACAAACCAACAUGCUUGCAAGCUCGCAUCCCGGCUCAAGAGGAUGCUCGUCACUGCCUUGCCUCGCGAUGCAGGCCAGGCUGUUGUCAGAAUUGGCAAGCUGAGGCAACAGGUCAGAUCUUGCGAGGUCAAGCAUGCUGUGCUCGACCAGUAUGAAGAAGUGGAGGAAGGCUUCUCCAGUCAACCGCUCAAUAUGCCGGUGCGACAGAUGGCCGUCAGUUCACCUCGACCCAGUCGAUGCACUUCCCCCAAUCGGACAGGCAAAGCUUGCGUCUUGACGCCACAGCUAGACACUCAGUUCAUCGGUCUCAACACAGAAACGCGAAUGAGAUUCAUCUCUCAGAUAUCCGAAUAUUGGCCAAUCGAGCGACUGGCGCAACUCGACGCCGAAGAGACAACGCGUCUGCUGGGCCUGCAUUCCGGAAACCAUCCAGAAAGCAGCUCGGCGAUCUCUACCAGCUCAGCAAGAGAUCACUCUCAUGUCGACACUCCGUCGAGCACACUUAGACACCACGAUUCGGCCGUUGCCUCCCUCGUCGCAUCGCCGUUGCGGUCCAAAGGUCUCAUUCUCCUCGUCGGAUCGGGCACAGGCUCGCCUUCCCUUCUGACAGUCGCAGCUCACCGUGCGCUCACGCAAAUGGCUACCGUCGUCCUCAGCGACAAGAUCGUGCCUGAGGCCGUUCUCGCGCUCGUGCCGAAAUCGACCAAGCUCAUCAUCGCUCGCAAAUUCCCUGGCAAUGCCGAGUCUGCGCAAGAAGAGCUCAUGCGACUCGCGCUCGAAUACGCAGGCCAGGGCCAUACUGUCGUCAGACUAAAACAAGGCUCCCCUUACCUCUACGGACGAGGAGGUGAGGAAGUCUUGCAUUUCCGCAAGCACGGUUACGAGUGUCUCGUCGUGCCGGGUGUCAGCUCAUCCCUUGACGGUCCUACAAUGGCAGGCAUACCGGUCACUCAGCGAGGAGUGGCAGAUACGCUCACGAUCUGCACUGGUGUCGGACGAAGAGGCAAAGGUGUCGUUCUGCCCGGCUACGAACGUACAAGGACGCUGUCGAUCCUUAUGGGUGUCGCUCGUCUCGUCUCUGUCGUCGAAACACUCACACAGUUGGCGAGCGAUCCUGCCGCCCCGCCUGCAGCACUAGAGCCAACGGGCGAGUCACUCCUGUACGAAGGCAAACGUACUCGGUCCGGCACACCUUAUCCGCCGUACCUGCCCAUUGCCAUCAUAGAGCGAGCUUCGAGCUCGGACCAGCGCGUCAUCGCCUCGACGCUCGAUCGUAUCGUAGCAGCUCUACAACGGCAUGGUGAACCACAGCGACCGCCCGGUAUGAUGGUCAUUGGGUGGGCGGUCCUCUCACUGGACGGCGAGGGCGAUAUAAGCAUGCUGGAUGAUAUGGAAGCCUUGCAAGAGGACGAAUCGCUCGACCGAUUGCAACGUGAUGCAGCUAUUGAAGCUGCUGAUCGGGCGCGCAUCGACCGUUGGCUUGCCGGCGAAACGGCUAUUGUUCGCGAGGGCCUACCAGCUCGAUGGUCGGACGUCUUCGAAGCCUCACUCUAG